AUGCGUUAUGACGGAUUGGUGAGUUGUGAAAGACUCAUACUACCUCUCGAAGUGCCCAGAAGCAUCCAAAACUUAACUUUAUACAGAUACAAUAUCUCAGUUUUAACUAAGAGAGCGUUUUCAGUCAAUGAGACCGACACGGACUUACGCGCGCUGUCACUGCAGGACAACAACAUACAGGUGAUCGAAAAUUGUGCGUUUUGUGGACUCCCCCGACUUCUUUCUUUAGAUUUGAGUCACAACCGUUUAAUGGUUGUGCACCCUGGAGCCUUUUAUGGCUUGGAACAGCUACGUUAUCUUAACCUCAGUAACAGUUUGAUGACCUCGGACGCGAGCCAAUUACCCCUCGCGCUGUCCACGGAUAAUUUGGGUAAUCUUCAGAGAUUGGACCUGUCUGGAAACCGUUUGGAGGUAAUUCCUCUUUCUGGGUUUGGAAACCUCAAUUUAACCACAUUAAUACUGACAAAUAAUUCCAUUGCGACCCUGGAUAGUCACAAUUUAACGAAAUUAAACGAGUUCAAGGAAAUACGUAUCUAUUUAUCACAGAACCCGUUCGAGUGUAAAUGUGACAAACUGAAGGAGUUUUAUAAUUGGCUGAAGAAUAGCUCCCAAUGCGCAGACUCCAAUAGCCUGAAAUGCGCACAACCCGAAAAGAGGAAGAACACGCACGUGAUGGAUCUAGAAAAGAGGGACAUGGAGUGCCAAAACUUGGAUGCCCGAUCUUAUGUGCUUCUAGGCAUUGUGUUGGCCCUCAUUGGAGUUGUGUUCCUCAUGGUGUUGUACUUGAACAGAAGAGGCAUCAAGAGAUGGCUUAAUAACAUUAGAGAGGCCUGUCGGGAUCAAAUGGAGGUGUAUCAUUACAGAUAUGAACAGGACUCCGAUCCCAGGUUAGCAAAUGUUGCAGUUUAAGCGGAACCUUCUGACCUUGUCUCCUCGAAUUGUUUGAUGAAACGCUAUGACAAUAAAGUUUUGUAGAUAUUAAGCCCAUGUAUGUUAGUUAUAAGACACGCAUACCCUUACAAAUUUACAAAAUUAACUUUCAGCAGAUACACUUCUUAAAUAAAUUGUUGAAAUAGA